CGGCGCCAGGCGCGACCCCAGGCUGGCAGGGGGAGUGGCCCAUUGCAAAUGCAAUCGGCCAGGGCGUGCUCGCAGGCACGCUAGAGCCUCCGGGUGGUCAGGCUUUGUCCCCUGCUAAGGACAGUGCUGCUGCGGGGGCUGAAGGGAGCGUGACUUUGUAAUUCCCUUCCUGGGUCUCCAGCCGCAGGAAGGAGGCUAAUUACCAGCUGGGGAUUUGUCAACUCAGCCCAGGCCUGUUGGGAGCCGGGGAGACGGGCUGGAGUUGUUGCUGCCAGUGUCUGAACUUUACCCACCAAUAGCCUACCCUUCUGGCUGAAAGGAUGGCUGUAGCAGAUCAGGCAUUUGUGACCCUUGGUACGGAUGAUGUUUAUUGUCAAGGAGCUCUGGUUCUUGGACAGUCCUUGAGGAAUCAUAUGACAUCUAGAAAGCUGGCUAUAUUAAUUACACCACAGGUCUCCAGUGUGAUGAGGGCUGUCCUCUGCAGUGUGUUUGAUGAAGUGAUUGAAGUGGAUGCAAUUGACAGUGCUGACUCCAUGCACUUGGCUCUGCUGGAAAGGCCAGAGCUGGGUGUAACCUUCACCAAACUUCACUGUUGGACUCUCACUCAGUAUAGCAAAUGUGUCUUUAUGGAUGCAGACACUUUGGUGUUAUGUAACAUUGAUGAACUGUUUGAACGGGAAGAGCUUUCUGCAGCUCCUGAUUCUGGCUGGCCAGAUUGCUUUAAUAGUGGCGUAUUUGUCUUUCGACCUUCUGUAGAAACUUACAACCGUCUGCUGCAGUUUGCUACUGAACAUGGCAGCUUUGAUGGUGGUGAUCAAGGCUUAUUAAAUAGUUUCUUCAGUAACUGGGCAACAACAGAUAUUGGCAAACAUUUACCAUUUAUCUACAACUUAAGCACUAGUGCUAUCUACACAUAUGUUCCUGCUUUCAAACAUUUUGGCAGGGAUGCAAAGGUAGUUCAUUUUUUGGGGUCAGCAAAGCCCUGGCACUACAAGUACAACUCUCAAACAAGAACAAUUAUGCAGGAUGGCUCCACCUCAGGAUCUCAGCAUCAGUACUCAUUUCUUGUACUCUGGUGGAAGAUAUACUAUGCUAGCAUAUUGCCUUUGUUAGAAACACUUCCAGAGAUGGAAGACAUGGAAUCCCAAGGACAAAAGCACAUUUUCAAUGGAGAGGAAAUUAAACUGAAAAAUGAGAAUCCUCUUGUUAUCAAUUCUCUGCAAAUCCCUGUGUUUCCAGAACAGACAUCUGAAAUGGACAUCACUACUUGCCCACCUGAAGAGUUUGAUACUAAAACUCCACCUGUACCUCAAGUUGAAGAACACAAUUCUGAAGUCAGUCUCCCUGAGCCAGACCAGCCAUUAGAACAGCUUGCCUUCCAUCCUGCCCCUCAGCAAACCCUGAAACUGGAUGAGACUACCCAUCUUAUUUCUGAGCUGUCCACUCAGCUGGAACUGGAAGAGCCAAAUGCAGAAGAAGAACGGAAGAAGUGGGAGGAAGGCCGUAUGGACUACAUGGGGAAGGAUGCUUUUGAACAUAUUAAAAAGAAAUUGGAUACAUUUUUAAAGUAGACUUAAUUGUAAUGCAAUAUAUUGACCAGGCACUGUUUGCAUUUGUGGUGCAUAUGCAACCCCUGGGAUGUUUUGUUAUCUUCCUUUUGAUAUUGAAGUUAAAAUGGACCACCUCUAUUUUAAGAAAAAAAUUGCAAACAUAGCACUACUAAUUUUUUAACUCCUGGUGCGUGCCUCAUGUUGCUUGUUGACCUAUAGUGCCUCAUGAAAUAGUAGUGCAGAAAUUGUGAAUCUCCACUUGACAUCCCUGCAUUAAGGAAAAAUUCCUAUAGUAUUCUGCAGUAAUAUCAGUUCUAAUAUUUUGGAUAACAUUAAACUUCCAAAGGAUCCUUAGAUUAAUAUAGAGGAUUUCCAUCUUCAGAAAAUGCUGCAAAACCUUUUUUUUAUGAAAGCUUUUCUACUGGAACCAAAGUGACAUUCACAUCACCAACCAUUAUACAUAAGCUGACAAAGGGGAAAAGCCAAAGGAGGAAACCCUGGCUCCACUGAAAUCAAAACUCCCAUUGACUUCAAUGGGGCUAGGCCUUCACCUGGAUACUCCAAGAAAUCCACUUGCUCUUCUACUUUAGGUGGAAGGUGCUCAGGUACAAAGCUAGUGGGCAACAGUACAACUCUAAAAUAGAUGAUAAUGGUGUAACUAGGUUUUUUUUGAUCAUUGCAAUAAACUGCUACAGGAUUUUUAUGUGUUACCUUAAUCUGUAAAUUCAGGGUUUCUUAUGUUUUAUUAUGUAUUUUAUUAGCUAAAUGGUUGUGAGAGAAAAAAAACGCUGCAUAGGCCUUCAUAACUAACUGUUGUUCUGCCUCAUUCUGGUGCUUUAAAUGAAUUUGUUUACCAAUGCUCCAAACUGCAUUUCACAAAGGCACUAAAUCCAUUAGAUGGUACUUUACUAUAUUGCAGGCAGUUUGGGUGCAUCUGAGACAGGUAACUGAUACUUAUUAAAUAAAACAGCUGUUUAUUAGAUAUAAACUAAGAGCCUAUUUCCAGAAACCAAUAGUUACUGUCAGUGGGACUGUGCUGUAUUAACUAUACUUGUGAGGGUACUGCUUUGCAGAUUUGGGCGUUUAGAUUUAACUUUAAUCACGUUGUUAAAUAAAAAUAAAUACAUUUCAGAAGACUGAGAAACUUGACAGAUUUUUCUAAUUUGGUAACUCUUGCAUUUCAGCUUGAAACUUCAGCUCUGGUAAUACCAGAGAGAGAAAUUAGAGUUAUACAACAGUUGAUGCAGGACUUCUUUAAACAUUUUGGGUCCUAUUAUGUCACCAGUUUUCAAGUUGCAGAACUAUCUAAUGAAAUCAUUUGGGAACUCUGCUUAAAAAAAAAAA